CUAUUAGCCAAUCCGGGUGUCCCUUUCUUAGCACCAGGAGAAGUUAGCAGUCGGCAGCCAGUCUGGUCCGUAGUCACGAUGGAUGCAAUACCAUGCCUUCUGCUCGUCCUCUUGUUCUGGACAAGGAUACAAGAAAAUACCGCUCUCCAGUGUUACUGUGACCGCUGCAGUGCCAACUCCAGCUGCACGACGGAUGGCGUCUGUUUUGUCGCCAUCCGCCAGUCAAACAGCCGAUCGACCACAGAGCAGCGCCAGUGUGUAAACGAAAACGAACUGAUCCCACGAGACCGACCCUUCAUCUGUGCCCCGUCUAGCAAACAUGGAAACGGCAUUUACCCCGUGUGCUGUACCACAGACUUCUGCAACAAGGAGCCUGAUAUGACAGUCGUGCCUGACUUCACAGAAAAGCCCCCUCCUCUCGGCCCUGUUGCCCUUGCAGCAGUGAUUGCAGGCCCGGUGUGUGUUCUCUGCCUGCUGCUGGUCUUGGCGUUCUAUGUUUGCCACAGCCACAGGGGCCUGGGGGCUGGAGGGGCCGGGGCCCAUCAUCACCACCACCAUCGGGUGCCCAACGAAGAAGACCCCUCAAUGGACCACCCCUUCAUAACUGUUGGAACAACAUUGAAGGAUCUCAUCUAUGACAUGACAACCUCAGGCUCUGGAUCAGGUCUGCCACUGCUAGUACAGAGGACCAUCGCCAGGACCAUCAUCCUCCAGGAGAGCAUCGGGAAGGGGCGUUUCGGGGAGGUGUGGCGCGGUAAAUGGCGUGGUGAGGAGGUGGCCGUGAAGAUAUUCUCUUCUCGCGAGGAACGUUCCUGGUUCCGCGAGGCUGAGAUCUACCAAACUGUGAUGCUAAGACACGAGAACAUUCUGGGCUUCAUUGCGGCUGAUAACAAAGAUAAUGGGACGUGGACUCAGCUGUGGCUUGUCUCUGACUACCACGAACACGGCUCCCUGUUUGACUACCUGAACCGCUACACUGUCACUGUGGAGGGCAUGAUCAAACUGUCCCUAUCCACAGCUAGCGGCCUCGCCCACCUCCACAUGGAGAUAGUGGGCACACAAGGGAAGCCAGCUAUUGCCCACAGAGACCUGAAGUCAAAGAACAUUCUGGUGAAGAAGAACGGGACCUGCUGCAUCGCUGACCUGGGUCUAGCUGUCCGCCAUGAUUCGGCCACAGACACCAUCGACAUCGCUCCAAAUCACAGAGUGGGAACCAAAAGGUAUAUGGCGCCCGAGGUCCUGGAUGACUCCAUAAACAUGAAACACUUUGAGUCUUUCAAGCGAGCUGACAUCUACGCCAUGGGCCUGGUCUUCUGGGAGAUUGCCAGCCGCUGCUCUAUGGGAGGCAUCCAUGAGGACUACCAGCUGCCCUACUAUGACCUGGUUCAGUCAGAUCCAUCAGUCGAGGAGAUGAGGAAGGUGGUUUGUGAGCAGAAGCUUCGGCCCAACAUUCCCAACCGCUGGCAGAGCUGUGAGGCUUUGCGAGUGAUGGCGAAGAUAAUGAGGGAGUGUUGGUAUGCCAACAGUGCCGCCCGACUCACUGCUCUCCGAAUCAAGAAAACCCUGUCUCAGCUCAGCCAACAGGAGGGAAUCAAGAUGUAGACACAACUACCAAACACACACACGCACACACACACACCUCUGACUCGCAACCAUAUCAUAAGCAUUAUAGCAUUAUUGUCUUCAUUAUUAUUCAUCAAGUGUUUCUACGCUCUGGUUUGAUGAGAAGUGAGGACUUCUUUUCCCCUUGUGCUCUCUUUUUCUAUCCCAUAAACUGAUGAGUCCUGUAGCUGAUACUGAGGAACCGUGUGUGUGUGCGUGUGCACAUGUGCGUGUGUUGCACCGAGCAGACAAACAUACAUGCAUGGGCUGGAUGGAUGGACCAAAGGAAGGAUGAUUGUGUCUGAAGGGGACAACAGAGGCAUCAAAGGAAGCCUCCACUCAUUAUCCUCCAUCUUCCUUCACUACACUCAUCACAUGAACACUCUGAAAGACCCAUUGGGGCAACUGGUUUUCAUCUUAAGGUCCGCCUCUACCACUCAUCACACGCCCACCUAUAGGAGCUCAGUCCCCAUCAGAUAAACAAAAGGCCAGACAGGGAACGAAUCUGGGGGGCCUUUGAGCUAGCGCAGCUUCGCUCUCAUCUCCUGUCAUCGUCAUCAUUUUCAUCACCCCCUCAUUUGUGUAAUAGCAUUUCAAUCUUUAAUUCAGAGAUAUGAGCUACUCUUCAGUAGGGCUGCAAAUUGCUAGUUUACAUCUUGGAAUCAUAUUUUUUGCCAUGGAACAUUUAUAUCUCUUUUCAUUUCCAACAAAAAAAAUGUGUUUGAAAAAAACUUUGGAGUCAUCCAAUUCAUGUGAUCUGUCAGCAGCCCAAUACAUUCAUAUCUGAAUGUAACCGCAUGUAAUGCUCCUACAUGUGUCAUGUUUUCAGGUGAACCAGUAUAGGAGCUUGCAUUACUCAUUACAAUGAGAGAUGUAUUCUAUUUCAUAUUCAGUACAUGUAUGGUAGCAAUGAAAUGCCUUAAAGAUAAACCUAAUUGUAAAAUUCAGUCACUUCUGAAUAUUGUUGAAAGUUCUCACCACUUAAUUUGUAGCACUUAAAUUAUUAUUAACUCUUCAUCUGAUUUAAUGUGGCUUGAAAUUGCCUUAAAGUUAAAGGCUGCUAGAACUGGAAUGGUGAAAUGUAGGCACUAGAAAUUCAAGAUGCAAAGGUAAACCUUCCGUUGGACCAUUGUCCUAUCAGAUUAAGUGUUCACAUAUUUAAUACAGAUAACACCAGUUAGCGUGUUCUCGUACUGUGAAUUCUAUUUCAUCGAAUUAAAGCACUUAGUUGGGGAAAAAAAAAAUCACAUCAAGUUUUCUGUUGGUGUAACUUCAGACAAAUCCAAAACGUGGUUGUAAUAACUAGAGUGUACCCUUCAAAUCUUUUUGAUAACACUCUAAAAUAGAGCUGCACGAUACAUCAUUUGAGCAUUGUCAUCGCGAUGUACAUACGCGCAAUAGUCACAUGGCAGGGCCUGCGAUGUAGGAGGCAAAUGAACUCAUCUAAUUUCAAGGGUACGUGACACACACUGUGCAUGCAGACUCUACAUGCACAGCGAUCCACCAAUCACAUUAGUUCUUAAUCAGUGUGCCAAAGCAGACCAAGUCCUGCGCAUGGAGUGAGUUGCUGGUAACAACAUUGACAAAUGAGCAACAAACAAGAGAAAAUUGCCAAAAACAAAGACUUGGUGCCAAAAAGAAAAGCAACAUCAGUUAUCUGGAAUUAUUCCGGCUACAAGAAGGAUGAUAUUGACCAAACACGUGUUCUGUGUCGACAGUGUCUUGCAUCUGUUGCCACAACAAGAGGUAACACAACUAAUUAGUUUGACCAUUUACGUCAGUACCACACAUCUCUGUAUGACAAAAACAGGUAACAUCAGUGCAGGUUAAUAUUCCACAUGAUAGCAGCAGUGCAGCAUAACAUAAAGUGCUAUUCAGGUCAUCUGAUGAAAAUUCCUGUAUUUUUUCAUAUUGCAAUAUAUAUUGCAGGGUUAAAAAACAUUACAAUGUCAGUUUUUUUCCAAUAUCCUGCAGCCCUAAUCUAAAACAUCAUGACAUCUUUACUAAAAUGAAAAUGAUGAUUCAGGCUGUUUACUUUGUGAAGUUGGAUACUCUUAUAUUGUGUGUUGUCUUAAUGACUGUCACGCUCAAUUCAAGCCAACAGUGAAUGCUUAUGAUUCCCUUUUGGACAACAAAAGUGUUUUUUGUUUUUUUUUUUGUUUUUUUUGUUUUAAUGGCCCACUUUUAGAAUUUAGAAUUCUACUUUUAUGAUGGAAUUAAAUGAAAAACAUCUCUAUUUCCAUUCCAGGGUACAGAGACUCAUCUGGAAGUGCUUCUCUGAGCUUUUUGAAAAGAAGAGAAGUCACUAUAUCAACUUAAGACAUAAGUUAGACAUAAUGUAUUGCUUCUGUGCUGGUGGUGUGUAAAUGUCAGUAUUAAAUUGAGGAUGCAUUACAUUUUAGUCCUCAAAUAGUAGGUUUUCCUAUAAAAUUGAAAUUACUAUAGCCAUUUGUGGCUUUCAUGCACAAAGAAUGAGUAGAUCAGUGUUUGUAAAAUGUGUUGGAAGUCAGAGAAUAGAUAAACAAUCAGUGGUUUUAACCCAAAGCAAUUAAAAAUGUUUUCCAUUCUGUUAAUGCACUGCACAUUUUGCUAAACAUACUUGGUGAAAUAUGUGAAAGUUGAGGAUUUUUUUCCCCCCCUUUUCACUUCAAGCAGUUAUUGAUUUCUUGGCCAUUGGUUUGCUGCUUGAAAACAGAGUUGCAAAAUGAGCAGACAGUCACUGGCUUGGAGCUAACAGUAGCUCAGCCUUUACCAAUAGUAUUUCAGAGGGUAAAGAUGAUUUCACAAAGUAAACAGUUCUGGGGUGAAGUUGUUUGCAGCCCUACUCUGGAGUUGUUAUAAAGUAGCAUUGGGAACUGAAGUGAGGACCUGGGGGUAAUGGGACAGUCUGUAAGCUGCCCUGAGGGGUCCAGACAAACAUUGUCUUCAUCUGUUCUUCAUAUAGUUGAGUUGUUAGCAGAACCUCUCAUCUUUGCAACAGUUUUGCACCUGUUUUUUUUUUUUUUUAAUUUGUUACUGUUGUAUUUCCCCGUCUCCCUCUGCAUUGGGAGGGAGUUGGACAGGUCAGUUUAAUUUAUUGUGUUUUUUUUUUUUUGUUUUGUUUUUUUUCCUUUCUGGUGGCAGGGGAUCUUUUUUGCAAAACUAAACUGGACAUAAUGACCUCAUUCAUUUUUGGCGAACAUGCUGCAACAUAUGCAAUAUACAGUAGAUAAAUGUGUCUAUUUUCUAUACUCUGCUCUGCUAAACCACAAACAGCAAGAACAACAACACCAACAAUCAGCUGCCACCAUGCCUUCCAAGCCAGCUGUUACCGGAAAGUGCCAGUGCUUUAAAAACCCAACUCCUCUCAUGUCGGCUGCUGUGGAGUGUUUUGCUCUUGCCUGUAUGCAGCUCUGAGCGCGUGUGUGUUGGGAAUGCCUGCGGAAGCCAUGGCGAGCAUACGGCAAGCUCUUACUAUGCACACCCAAGUAGGGACGGAAAGCAACACACAGCACGUCACAGCACCCACAACUCAGCCGACUCUCUGGUGCCAUUUCGUCAAUCCACCCCCCACCUCAGCAACAAGUCAUUGUACAGCUUCUCCUCCUGGUGGACAGUGUCUGGAAACUGAGCUCCAGCACCUCAAACUGUGUUUUGUUGGAAAGAUGAUGCCACAAAAGCUCACAGCGGCUUCUGAAAAGAGCCUAAAAAGACUUGUAAGCAUUACUGAUAUUGCCCUAUAAAUGUAAACUCUUGGA